UCCUUCAGGUCUUCAGGGAAUAAAGGGUGGACAAGGAGACAAAGGAGAAAAGGGAAAUCCAGGUUUUGGGAUUCCAGGGCAGAGUGGACCAAAGGGAGAGAACGGAGAGAGAGGAAAUGUGGGUUUAUCUGGAAAACCAGGACCAAAGGGACAGGACGGCUUUAAAGGUGACAAGGGUGAUAUUGGGUCACUGGGAAAUCCUGGACAACCAGGAUUAAGAGGUAAAGAUGGGGAACAUGGACGUAAAGGAGAACAAGGGAUUAAGGGGGAACAAGGACCACACGGACAACCUGGUGACCGAGGAAUUAGGGGACCACUGGGAUUACCAGGACAACCAGGAGACCGAGGACAAAAAGGGGAUACUGGGAAUGCUGGUAUAACUGGGCGUGAUGGACAGAAAGGCGAGCCGGGAAAACCUGGACCUCCAGGAACACAAGCGACUGGAGACAGUAUUCUGACCCGAGUGAUUCAGGGCGAGCCGGGACAUCCAGGUUCAAGAGGAGAAAUAGGCCUACCUGGACCAAGGGGUCCAGAGGGUAAACCCGGACUCCCAGGAUCCUCUCUGGGUAGUUCAGGAAGAGAUGGACUUGACGGUUCACCAGGAGAACCAGGCAUGAAGGGUCAAACGGGCGAGAUUGGUGUGAAAGGAGAAAGAGGCGAGCAGGGUCGUAUUGGAAUUGCAGGAAUGCCUGGAUUACCAGGAACUCCAGGAAGAGCUGGCAUUGAUGGGAAGCGAGGACUGCCGGGAAAAGAUGGAGAGAGAGGACUAAAAGGAGAAGAAGGCAAACAGGGCGACAAAGGGGACACAGGCUCAAAUGGAAAAGAUGGCAGUAAAGGAGAGCCAGGAGCACCUGGGUUGCCUGGCAAGCAGAUGCUCGUCACUGCAGAGGGCGCCACCAUCGACGAAAUCCGACGAGCCUUUCCCGUCCCCGUGGGUCCUCCAGGGGCCACUGGCUCUCCCGGAAUGAAGGGGGAUAAAGGAGAAGGAGGCACAAAAGGAGAAAAGGGUGAUGCUGGAAACCCUGGAAAAUCCCUUGAGAUGAAGGAUAUCGAAGUAAUGUUUGAAGCUUAUGGCAUCAAGCUGCCUUUGCUAAAGCUUUUGAUCGAGAGGCUGCUACAAGGCAGCAUGGACGAGCUCCUUCACGCACUUGGAGGCUCCAGGCAAACCAAGACAACCACAGAAUCGCAAACGUCCAACGCCAUCACGGAGUACACAAGUUCCGUGAAGUCUGACCUUUCCAGUCAGCCGCUGGUGGAACUGCACACCAUGGAGGGUUUUGAGUUGGAACGUCCUACAAAGGAUUCCUGGAAUGAUACUGUAGAGGCUCCAACAAUAUGGACCAUGGAGCCGCCCAAAGAACAGGCGGAGGAGCGUAAUGCAACACUAAAGACGAUGAAUCAAACGUUGUUACUCAACGACCCAGGAAGUGUUGUCCCUGUUCAGGUGAACUCCGGGAGGAAAAGCAAAGGACACAAGAGACGGGGAAAGGGCAAAGGAAAUAAAAGACGACAUAAGAGGCAGAGACAUCGCCCGACAAGCGAAGAGCCGGAACAGGAGGAAGAGGACAUUUACGAUGGCGAAGAUUACGACCAAGAGGAGGAGGAUGAAGGGUCACGGCCAACUCCUCCGCUCAGCACACAAGGAGCAGACAAGGUACCUGCAUCCCAAUUGAGGGUGAAGAGGAGCCCACCCUGGCCUGACUCCAUGACAGAUUUAAGAAUCAACACAAGAGGAGGGAGGCGGCGACACGUUGACAUGGAGGAGGAAGAGCGUCCAGUUGAAGAUGAUUAUAAAGGAGUGGGCCCUGGGCCUGAUGAGGAGGAGGAGGAGGUGUCAAGUGGGGACUGGGGUACACAGGAGGAAGAUGUAGACCGAGAGGGGGAUGAAGAGGAGGGUGACGUGGAGAGACAGGACCAGUGGGAGAGGAGGAAUGGGGAGGAAGAUCUCGGACAGCCUUACCCCCCUGAGUAUUCACACCUGAAGGGGCAUCCAGGGGAGGAGGGAAAACAAGGUUCAAAGGGGGACAUUGGCGAAAAAGGGCAAAAGGGAGAGCCAGGCAUCGGCCACCGAGGGCCUGAGGGCCAAGCUGGUCUGCCCGGCAACAAGGGGGAACCAGGGGAGAUGGGGCCGCCUGGUGCUCAGGGCAUCCAGGGCAUCCGCGGUAGCCCCGGGAUUCAGGGUCUCCCGGGCAUUAAAGGCCCACCAGGGGACCCCGGAGAGCCAGGCAGAGAAGGGGAGCGAGGCAGACGGGGGAAAAACGGGGUGCCGGGAGCCCCUGGACUUACAGGAGCAGUAGGACCUGACGGGCCUCCUGGCAUGGCUGGGGUAAAAGGAGAGAAGGGUGACAGUGUUAUUGGAGAGCCAGGACCUCAGGGUUUGACUGGCUUCCCUGGAAAAAAGGGUGGCUCGGGCUCCCCAGGUGUGUCGGGGGCUCCAGGAAACAUAGGUCUUAAGGGCAUGAGUGGCUACAAAGGUGCAAAGGGAGAAAGCGGCUUGCCAGGAGUCAGAGGAGAGCGGGGGAGUGCGCUUCAAAUACAAGGACCUCGUGGGUUCAAAGGGGCCAAAGGAGACGCGGGUGAAAGAGGCUCUGCGGGUUUUGAUGGCGAUAAAGGAGAGAAGGGCGAGGAUGGGCCCCCUGGAGUCAAGGGCUUGAAGGGAGAUGCUGGUUUUAAGGGCAUGAUGGGACGUUUUGGACCUCGAGGACCAGUCGGCCAGAAGGGAGAUCCAGGAGAAGCAGGCAUCAAUGGAGUCAUGGGUCACAGCGGAGGCAAUGGAGUGAAUGGGACCAAAGGGGACAAAGGAGACACAGGGCUGCAAGGCCUGAGGGGUCAUCAGGGGGAUGCAGGAGACGUAGGAUCACCAGGAGAUAAAGGCGUGAAGGGAGACAAGGGAUUCCGGGGCUUCCCGGGACGGACUGGGAGUCCUGGCAGAAAUGGUGACAAGGGGGAUGGAGGGACACCUGGCACCCCCGGCAUACCUGGCCUGAAUGGACUGCCUGGACGGAAGGGCGACAAAGGCAACGCCGGUAUCGAUGGCGUUACUGGUGACCCAGGAGAAAAAGGAGUAAAGGGUGCCACAGGUUUCCCAGGCUUCCCUGGGUUCAAAGGGUCACCAGGCAAACCAGGAAAGGACGGCAGCCGAGGACCAUCAGGAACCCCUGGGCUCCAUGGGUUGGCAGGACCAAAGGGCGUGAGAGGCCGGAGAGGCAAAGUGCAGCCGUGUGAAAAAGGAGCGACGGGCAUGCCAGGACUGAGAGGACAGAGUGGAAUGCUGGGGAGUGGAGGUGUGAAGGGGGAGAAGGGAGAGCCUGGCCUCUCAGCUCAUGAAGUGAAGAACAUAGUCACUCAGGAGGUGGUGCACAAGUGUGCAGGUUUAGACUACAAGUUCAUGGUCCGGUCAGUUGACCCCGAUGGAAGAACCGCAGACAGUGACCACCUUAACGAAGAUGAAGACAACGUCGGGGAAGAGGAGGACAAGAUGGAGGUUCUGCUCUCAUCAAACAGCACUGAUCCCGUUAAAGGCGCCGCCUCCAGGACGAAAAGACGGGUUUUUGGAUCGCGGGCCUCUGGGUGGGAUCGCUGCCUGGAGCUCAUGAGCGAAGGCGCCUGCUCCGACUUCGCCCUCCUCUGGUACUUCCACGCCCACUCUGGCGAGUGCCGCCCCUUCGUGUACAGCGGCUGCGGCGGAAACGGGAACCGCUUCGCCUCCAGGCUGGAGUGUCACAGCCGGUGUGUGGCGGGAAGGUGGAGGCCGGGGGGAGAAGGGGAGAUAAUGGCGCCUCUCGACAAACAAAACAGGGCGUCCGACCUUUAAUAACGGGUCUAAUUGCAUUGUCACAGACGGCGGGGGCUUAGACAUGAGACAGGACACAAAACUGUACAGGAUUCUUAUUUAUACCAAUAUUGGC